AUGGCGUCAGUGCAAGGCCGCCGCGAUUCGCGAAACGAGAGAGACGAGUCGCGCGCUCCUGCGACGGAGAAGGGAGAGCGCGACGAAGGAGCGCCGGCGACUGAAGGUGGCGGAGCAACGGGCGAGCAAGGGCAGGAAGGAACGACGAGGCGUGAAGGCAGUGCUCAGACGACCAGGGUGGUGAACGCGGAUAAGAGCGCGCAAGGUGGGGAGGCAAAACAGACAACAACAGGUGGUGGUGCUGCUGCGGGCGGUUCUGCUGGCAAAUCAGGUGACGAUGGAGGUGAAGGCAGGACAGGCGGCAAGAAGGGGGAGGGGCAAGGAGACGUGCAAUCGGAAGGGAUGGGGAGUGGUGCUCCGGGAGAGGGGGAGAGAGUGAAGGAGAGUGCUGAGGUUAGGAAGGGUGGCGGGAAGGCAGAGAAGGCUGUAGGUGGGGUUGAGGCGGACGGAGGUGGUGGCUCUGUUGAGCAGGAGGGGAAGGCAGAGGAGAAAGGCAAGCAAGGAGAAGGGGAUGUGAAGGGCAGUGUGCUGCCCCCUACUCAUGUUGAGGGUCCCUCCCCUGCGACUGCCUCUGCCUACUGCGCACAGCGUGUGGCAGCAGGCACCCAGCUCACUCCUGCUGAGCCCACAGUUCCCCACUCCGCUCACAGCAGCAGCCUCUAUCCCCUUGCUGCUGCCACCAACCCUUUCGCCAUGCAGCUUCCCUCCGUAGCCCCCACCGCUCUGCCCGCUGCUGCUGCUGCUGCCUCUCCAUCUACUGUCGCUCCAUCUGCCUCAGUGGCAGCACCAGCAUGUGCAUUCCCUGGCACGGCAGCAGCAGCAGCAUUCCAUGCCAUCCCCCCUGGUGGUCGUCGCAUGCGCGUGGCAGGAGGCAUGGCACGCACGGGAGGGGUGGUGAGUGUGCGGCGUGCAGAAGCUGUGCUGCCCGUGCAGCCCAGCGUGGGUGUGCACGGCAGCGUGGCAGGUACAGGAGGGGUGCAUGCCCAGGCUGCUGUGGAAGAAGCAGCACGAGUGACUCCACGCACUGAUCCGGAAGAGCAUAGGGGGCCUGCACCCAUGGAUGUGGAGGAGGGGAAGAAUGAGAGCAUGGAGAAGUAG